AUGCACUUAAUAUAUUGGUUGGAAAUGAAGGUGGAUCUAACAAACUAAAAUUUUGAAAAUAUAAGAAUUUAAAAUACUUCAUUGUUUGGAGGUAAUUUUGCAAAAUGUAAUUUAACUAGAUCGUAAUUUGAUAAUGUUAAUAUCAAUGGAGUUAAUUUAUGUGGAGCUUAACUGUUUGAUUGUAAUUGGAAAUAAUUAAAAAUAAAUGAUUUAUAUUCAUUAGAUGGUCAUAGUAAUACUGUCUAAUCAGUUUUUUUCUCUCCUGAUGGUAAUACAUUAGCAUCUGGUAGUAGCGAUAAAUCUAUCCGUCUUUGGGAUGUCAAAACAGGAUAAUAAAAAGAUGUCUAGUAAGUCUGUUUCUCUCCUGAUGGAAAUACAUUAGUUUCUGGUAGUAGUGAUAACUCUAUCCGUCUAUGGGAAAUCAAAAAAAAGUAUUGUUCAGAUUAAAGAUUUAAAGAAAUUUAGGUUAAAAAUACAAGAUAUCCUUUUUUUAACACCCCUUUGCAGUAAAAGAAUAUUAUUUAAAAUUUAGAUACAUCUAAUAUUAUGGUUUACCCAGACUUCAAUUUUUCAAGGUUUAAGAGAGUUUUUUAUAAAAAACCGUUUCCUUUUAGGAGAAUUAUUGGAGUAAAUCAUAAUUUCUUACCAUAACAAUUGAUUAAUUUAAAAACUAACCUAUAUUAACCCUUAAUUUAAAUCUAUUUUAAUAUACUUCUUGUGUCCAAUAUUUUUUGAUAGAGUUCUAUUUUAUAGUUUUUUUCUUUUUUAACAAUCUUGAAGCAUUACUAAAAUGGAAAUUAAUUUAGCACAUUUUAAAAUAUUAUGAAAUAGAACUUUUAGUUGUAUGA